UUGUUAUGAAGGCGUGGUAUUCAACACCAUUGCCCUUGUAACAUAAUGGAUCUUACAAUGAAAUUUGAAAUCACCUCGGCUUCUAACAGCACCGAGGUCUCUUCUCUCUCUCGCUCUUCGACACCUGCAGUUCUGCAAUUUGUUUUUGGAGUGCUGGGUAACCUGAUUGCCAUUGUUGUACUUAUCACUGCUAGAAAGAAACACAAAUGGAGACCGUUUUACAGACUAGUUUUCGGUUUAACCUUAACUGAUGGUUUGGGGAUUUUGCUGAUUUUCCCAACAAUAUUUCUUCGAUUUGCUCCAAAUUUCAUGUUCGAUUUUCGUAUCUGUGCGUACAAGUCUUUCAUGUUCAUAUUCUUAUUAACAUCAUCUGCAAUGAUUGUCUGCGCAAUGUCUUUUGACCGUUUUAUGGCUAUUCUGUAUCCGUAUCGCUACAAUGGGAUUGUGAAGAUCAAUCAAGCAAAUAUCACGUUAGCAGUGGUAUGGAUUACCUGUGCCUUCCUUUCAAGUUUGCCACUGCUGGGCUUACGAUCAAGUUUGCUAUAUGAUACUGGUUCAGUUUGUUUUUUAAAUUUCAUCAGUACAUCAACCGUAGUUAGAAUUUACUCUUUCGUUUACUCGCUAAUAGGACUGUUUAUUCUCCUUUCAACAAUUAUCUUUAAUAUGUGUGUGGUAAUAUCACUUUGUAAAAAUAUCGUAACAACCAACACAGUUUCACAGAAAAGCAGGAAAAAAGGCAACACAUUCAAUGUUGUUUUUCUGCUGGUAAUAGUUUUGACCUUUGCGACAUGCUGGACUCCACUUAUGAUUGUUAUAUUUGGACAUGCAACGGCUUUGUUUUCUGAUGUUGGCACGUUAGAAUUGUUUGCCGUCCGUAUAGGAGUCACAAACUCUAUUAUCGAUCCCUGGAUCUAUAUCCUGUUUCGGAAAGAAAAUAUUUUUGCGAUCACCCGGAAACUCGGAACCUUCUGCGACAUAAGCAAGGUUACAAGCAACAGUGUUGAUAAUAACGUCACGCCACCGACAGAUGCACAGACGCAAAGCUAUGGCAACACGUCAGCCAGAACAGAACAUUCAAUUGAUAUUAUCAUUUAGACUUAAGUCAUGUGCAAGCAAUGCUUCCUAGUCUCAAAUCUGCGUUCUAUGGCAUUAUAAAGAAGCAGAACUGAUAUAAUUAUUAUUUCAUUUAUUUUUGAUAUUCUGAUUUCUUAUAAUAAGCUUUUGGACAACCAAAAUAAUUCUAAGAAAUAAUAAAGACAGACAAAAGUUACAAAACAGUUACAAAAUAUUGUGCAAUCGCUUUGUAGAUUUUAAGUGUCUGUCUUCAUGUAACAAUAACAAAAAUAGAAAGGACAACUGCAUUUAGCACCGGGUUUUG